CUCAGAUCAUCUGGACCCGCUCGGUGUCGGAUUCCCAGUUUGAUCGACCGCGUCCGUAAUGCGGGACACACCGGCACCGGAGACGCACGCGCUCGCACACACACCCGAUGGCGACCCGUGAGCGCGCCCGGGACUCAUCAUGCCCAACCGAACUGAGCCGGAGCCGCGGGAGCUGCUGGCGCGCGCGCUCACCGGGACCGUGCUGAGCGUUCUGAUCCUCUGGACUCUGUUCGGGAAUAUUCUGGUGUGCGCGGCCGUGCUGCGGUUCCGACACCUGCGCGCGAAAGUUACGAACAUCUUCAUCGUGUCGUUGGCCGUGUCGGACCUGCUCGUGGCCGUGCUCGUGAUGCCGUGGAAGGCGGUCACGGAGGUCACCGGGUUCUGGCCGUUCGGUGCGUUCUGCGACAUCUGGGUGGCGUUCGACAUCAUGUGCUCCACCGCGUCCAUCCUGAACCUGUGCGUGAUCAGCGUGGACCGGUACUGGGCCAUCAGCAGCCCGUUCCGCUACGAGCGCAAGAUGACCCCGCGCGUGGCGUGCGUGAUGAUCGGCGCGUUGUGGACCCUGUCGGUGCUCAUCUCCUUCAUCCCGGUGCAGCUCGACUGGCACAAAGCUUCUGCGGAGCCCGGGUCCAACGCCAGCGACGCGCGCGCCGCCGAGGACACCUGCGACUCGAGCCUGAGCCUCGAGUACGCGAUCUCCUCAUCCCUCAUCAGCUUCUACAUCCCCGUGGCCAUCAUGAUCGUCACGUACACCCGGAUCUACCGGAUCGCGCACAUCCAGAUCCGGAGGAUCGCUUCACUGGAGCGCGCGGCAGCGCAAGCGCAAAACAGCCGUACGAACCGGCUCGCGCGCCACCAUCAUCAUCAUCAUCAUCAUUCACACAGCAGCCUGAAGACGAACUUCAACCGCGAGACUAAAGUUCUGAAGACUCUGUCCGUGAUCAUGGGCGUGUUCGUGUUCUGCUGGCUGCCGUUCUUCGUGCUGAACUGCGUGGUUCCGUUCUGCCCCCGCGAACCGUCCGCGGGCCCGUCGUGCGUCAGCGACACCACUUUCGACGUGUUCGUGUGGUUCGGCUGGACCAACUCGUCGCUGAACCCCGUGAUCUACGCGUUCAACGCGGAGUUCCGCAAGAGCUUCUCGAGCCUGCUGGGCUGCCGGAACCGGUGCCGGACCCCCGUGGACACGGUCAACAUCAGCAACGAGCUCGUGUCCUACAACCAGGACACGCUGUUCCACAAGGAGGUCGCGGGCGCGUACGUCAACAUCAUCCCGAACGCCGUGGACGCGUUCGACCGGAUCUCGCAGCUUUCGCACGGUGAUGACGAGGACGACGCGUGCGAUGUGGAGCGCGAGGCGGACGGCGCGUUCACGCAGAACGGCAUUCACUGACCGAGAGCGCGCACUGACGCUGG